CUCCCUGUCUCUCUGCACUUAGUCAACCCCUGCUGCUGCUGCUGCUGCUGUACCGUAAAGCUGGUGACUGAGGUGCGUCUGCCCUCUCCGCCCUCUCCUCCCUCUCCGCCCUCUCCUCCGCUGUACCGCUUGUCUGUACCGCGGUGUGGAGCCGGUUCCCCGGUUGUUGUCACCCGUCGGUGCCUUCAGCUCGAUGAUCGUGUGCGUCGUGGAGACAUUACGCAUGGAAAGGUUCUGGGGGGACUGGAGUAGAAAUGCAGCGCCGCACUUCCAACCCACAACAAGAACCAUGUCCAGCUCACGAUGCAAGCAGAUCCACGACCAGAUCCACGACCAGAUCCAUGACCAGAUCCAUGACGUCCUCUGUUAUCUGGUACGACUUUGAUAGGAGUGAAAUUUACUCAGAGUGAAGAAGAAGAAGAAGAAGAAGAAGAAGAAGAACACUGACAGACGCUGGUCUCACUGCAGAUCCUCAUCUACCUUAAACCUCUGCAUUUUGAUCUGCUUUGCUUUUAGUUUUUCUGAUGGAGCUGGAGAAUAUAGUAGCUAACACUGUACUGCUGAAGGCGCGAGAGGGUGGAGGAGGAAAGCGCAAAGGGAGGAGCAAAAAAUGGAAGGAGAUCCUUCGCUUCCCUCACAUAAGCCAGUGCACUGAGCUGGGAAACAGCAUCGAGAGAGAUUAUGUUUGUAUCUGCGAGAAACAGCCCAUCGGGAGACUUCUCUUCCGUCUUUACUGUGAGACCAAAUCUAAUCUGCAGCGGUGCAUCCAGCUACUGGACGCAAUGGAAGACUACGAGGUGACACCUAAUGAAAAAAGAAAAAGCCGAGGGGACCAGAUCAUUAAGACCUUUCUCUCCAAACAAUCGCCUCAGCGGGUCGACAUCGCCGAGGUUUUUGCAGACGAGUGCAGAGAAAACCUGCAGCUCAGUCCAUGUAAGGAGAUCUUCAGCAACUGCUUCAAGGCCGUCCAUGACUACCUGAGUGAGGGUCCAUUCAAAGACUUCCAGAACUCCAUGUACUUUGACCGACUCCUGCAGUGGAAGAUACUCGAGAGGCAACCGAUCACUAAGGACACGUUCAGGCAGUACCGCGUCCUGGGGAAGGGGGGAUUCGGAGAGGUGUGCGCCUGUCAGGUCAGAGCCACGGGGAAGAUGUACGCCUGCAAGAAGCUGGAGAAGAAGCGGAUCAAGAAGAGGAAAGGAGAGUCCAUGGCACUGAACGAGAAGCAGAUCUUAGAGAAAGUCAACAGUAGAUUUGUGGUGAGUUUAGCGUACGCAUAUGAGACCAAAGACGCUCUGUGUCUGGUGCUGACCAUCAUGAACGGCGGAGACCUCAAGUUUCACAUUUACAACAUGGGAACUCCGGGCUUUGACAAAGACAGGGUCCAGUUUUAUGCUGCUCAGAUCUGCUGUGGGCUGGAGCACCUGCACAGGGCAUGUAUUGUCUACAGGGAUCUGAAACCAGAGAAUAUCCUCUUGGACGACAAUGGACACAUCCGUAUCUCUGAUCUGGGGCUGGCCAUCAAAGUGCCUGAAGGAGAGCCGAUCAGAGGCCGGGUGGGCACUGUGGGUUACAUGGCUCCAGAGGUGAUAAACAAUGAGAAAUACGGCAUGAGUCCGGACUGGUGGGGGCUGGGCUGCCUCGUGUACGAGAUGACCGCCGGGCGAUCUCCCUUCCGCGCCCGCAAAGAGCGUGUGAAGCGGGAGGAGGUGGAGAGGAGGGUGCAGGAGGAGGAGGAGGAGUACAGCGACAAGUUCACAGAGGACACCAAGGCCAUCUGUAGAAUGCUGCUGACCAAAGACCCCAAGCAGAGGCUGGGGUGUCAGGCCGACGGAGCGGCCUGUGCCAAGGUCCACCCCUUCUUCAAAAACAUCAACUUCAAGAGGCUGGAGGCUGGAAUGGUGGAGCCUCCCUUUGUGCCUGAUCCUCGGGCCGUGUACUGUAAGGACGUUCUGGACAUAGAGCAGUUCUCCACAGUCAAGGGAGUGAAUUUGGACCAAACUGACAAUGACUUCUACUCCAAAUUUGCCACAGGCAGUGUUUCCAUCCCAUGGCAGAACGAGAUGAUAGAGACUGAAUGUUUCCGAGAUUUGAAUGUGUUUGGACCUCAGGGGUCGAGACCACCAGACCUUGACUGGAAUCAGCCUCCGGAGCCGCCCCGGCGCAGCCUGUUGGACAGGAUCUUUAGGAGGCAUCACCCCGAGGUGCCGAUCUCCCACAGCCGCGUGCAGUCUUCCAGUGUGAACUCGGUGGACUCCAUGACCAACUCUGCCCCCUAGUGGCACAAUGGCAGUGAGGGAGCCACGCACACAAAGGGAAGAAGGAGCUCCGAGGGGGCUUCCCUGCUGCUGAUUGGUCCACCUCCGAGGGUCCGGAGCAGCAGCUGGAGACAGCCUGUCUAAAAGCCUAAAUGGCGACCGGGCCCCGAGACCCCGGGCAUUAGUAAUGGAAUGGUCAACGUCGCAGAGACGUUUAGAAAUAUUUGGACAAAACUAAAGUCACCCUCAGGAUUGUUGGACUGUAGAACAGAGCCACGGGGAAAGAUAGAAAACAAGCUAAUAUUCAGGGGAUCCACUGUAUAAUAAAGACCACCACAGGGAAUAGAAAACGGGGUCUUAGUGAAUUUUUUUGUGUUUUCUUUUCUCUCCACUCAUUGCCAGUGCUUUACUCUGUCGUCCCAGUAUCUGUCCGUCAUCUCUGUAAGCUGCACCUGCGCGGCGUCACGUACACGUCACACCCUCACUCACUCUUACCUCUCGUACCUCAGAUCACUCCGUAAACAUUCACGACGCGUCGCACCUCCGCAACCUCCACACGUGAUGUACUUUAGGGCCAAAGACUGCAGUUUAGUUCUGACUCCCUGGUGUUUGAAGGUUUCUCGCUGUCGAUCCACUUCCUGUCCUCUCUCUAAAUAUGAGCCUGCGCACAUAUCAUUUUGCUUAAAGCACACACACACACACACACACACACACACACACACAGAAUAGUGAGAAUAGUGCUGUGUUUUCAUUGCAUGGACGCGUGUCAGCUCUGGACGGCUGCUGUAUCCCUUUGGCUUCUUCAUACCUCAUUCCACUGUUGUUAGGAUUAUAAACGUCUUUCUCGGUUUGACAUUUUGUGACGUUUGAGGGGCGAAUGAUUCUCCUGCACAGAGACAGUGGAGUGGAGAGGAACACGUGCACUCAGCCUCACUUAACUAUUUGCACAAUUUCAAAUCAUGUCAUGCUGUGACGAUGUUACCUCUGCUUUUUAAGACACGUUGUUGUAUUGAUCUUCUCGCGUGCUUGUUCUUUUCUAUCUUAAGUGUUCUUGCUGUCAAGUGUACGGGAAUGUUUCUCCUCACAGCUCUAAAGGGUCUUCCUCCUCCUUUUUGUUUUUAACUGCAUUGAAAGAAGACAGAUUUUAAACUCGAUUCUGUCCCGAUGUUAUUUAUUUGGUCCAGUUCAUUGACAUCAGAGCAGCAGAGGAAAGAAGACACCAGGGAUCCAAACAGAGUUCAGUCUCUUCUUCCACUUCCAUUUCCCUCAGCUGAGUUACUGAAAGCUGCUCCGUGCAUCAAUCACAAUCCCAUCAACCUUUUUUUAUUUUUACAGUCUCAUGCAAGCUUGGUUUUUCUGCGUGUUUACUUGUAGAGAAAAAUGAUCUGAAUCAGACUGAAGUGCCUCCUUGUUAGCAUGAUCUCACAGACGAUGUCCACACACAAACACAGACGGGGACAGCUUGGAGGUGAAGGAGGUCAAAGAUGAAACGAGGGACUUCUUCCUUCUUAUUGUGAUGUACAAAAGUGCUGAGUGCAUGUGAAAGCCAAACCCACUGUGUUCUUCAAGUCCCAAUAAACUCUGUGCUGUAGUUUGA